CCAUCAAAAUCCUAGCCGUAGUUGCUUAGCUGCCAGUUCAAUCUCCAAAGCAAUGGCGGACGUUGAAUGUGCUGAUGUUGGGGCCGGCGGCCAGCCAAAGAAGAGAACGUUUAAGAAGUUCAGCUACAGAGGAGUGGAUCAGGAUACUCUUCUUAACCUGUCUACUAAUGAGCUCGUUAAACUUUUCCCUGCUCGUCCUCGCCGAAGGUUCGAGAGGGGUUUGAAGAGGAAGCCUAUGGCUUUGAUCAAGAAGCUGCGCAAGGCGAAACUUGAGGCUCAAGCAAGUGAGAAACCAGAGGUUGUGAGAACACAUUUGAGGAACAUGAUUAUUGUACCAGAGAUGAUUGGAAGCGUUAUUGGAAUCUAUAAUGGAAAAACGUUCAAUCAAAUUGAGGUCAAGCCUGAAAUGAUUGGACAUUAUUUAGCUGAGUUUUCAAUCUCAUACAAGCCUGUUAAGCACGGUAGGCCCGGUAUUGGUGCUACUCACUCUUCUAGGUUCAUUCCAUUGAAGUGAUAUGAUUCUGGCCGAUCGAGCCUCUCUUUAUGUUUUCUAGUAAAGUAAUAUCAGUACUACUUUGUUUUACUGCAAUUUUGAUGAGAACAAUUAAUGUAUGCUGAACGGUAGUUAGUUUGAGAUUUGCA